AUGUUUCGGAGUGAGGAUAUCUGCCUGGUCCAGAUCUUCCUUCAGUCUGGAUCUGCCUACAACUGCAUCAGUGAACUGGGAGAACUGGGACUGGUGGAGUUUAGAGAUCUAAAUCCAGAUGUAAACUUGUUCCAGAGGAAAUUUGUAAAUGAAAUCCGGAGAUGUGAGGAGCUUGAGAAGAGAUUUGUUUUCCUGGAGCAUCAGCUGUCCAUAGCUGUGCCUAUGUCUCUGGAUGAGAUUUUGAAGACCCCUUGCUCUGCUCCGGCCCCUCAGCCCAGAGACCUGUUGCACAUCGAGGAGCAGAGUGAGAGACUUGCUAUUCAACUCUCUGAGGUGUCCACGAACAGAGAGAGUCUAAGACGUCAGCUGAUUCACCUUAAGCAGUACAGAUCAGUACUGCUGCAGACCCACUCUCUCAUCCAAACACAGGCUCUCCCUCCACCUGCUCAUGCCCCUUUGGACUUCUCAACACUGGACUAUGACUGCGACAAUCAUCUGAGUUUUGUAGCUGGUGUGGUGCAUCCGUGGAAAGUGGCUGCAUUUGAGCGGUUGCUAUGGCGAGCCUGCAGAGGAUAUUUCAUUAUUGACUUCCAGGAAAUGCACAAGAUGGAGGCCCCUCAAACAGGUGAAAUGGCUCAGUGGACUGUUUUUCUAAUCUCAUUUUGGGGAAAGACAAUUGGAUGCAAGGUCAAGAAAAUUUGUGACUGCUUCCAUGCCAAUACAUUUUUGUACCCAGAGAAUGCAGAGGACAGAGAGGAGCUAUUAGAAGGACUGCAGAACAGAAUUGAAGAUAUCUCAAAAGUUUUGUCUCAAACCGAGAGUUACCUCCAGCAGCUGUUGUCUCAAUGUGUCUCAGUGCUGCCAAUGUGGAAGGUGAAAGUGGGGAAAUGCAAGGCCGUUCACUCCAUAUUAAACCUGUGCAGUCCAUCUGUGACAGAGAAGUGUCUCAUCGCUGAGGCUUGGUGUCCAACCAAAAAACUGCUGUUGCUCCAGAGCGCUCUCAUAGAGGGGACAAGAAGAAGUGGCAGUGUGGUGGACUCUUUCUAUAAUCGUCUUCCUCUCUCCUCCUCAUCCUCGCCUCCUCCAACUCUGUUCAUCACAAACUCCUUCACUGCAGCGUUUCAGAGCAUUGUGGAUGCAUACGGGGUUGCACAGUACAAGGAAAUAAACCCAGCCGUGUACACCAUAAUAACUUUCCCAUUCCUGUUUGCGGUGAUGUUUGGAGAUGUGGGACAUGGUAUGUUGAUGGCUGCAGCAGCUCUCUGGAUGAUUAUGAUAAAAGAAGAAAACAAAAGCACUCAGAAUAAAAAUGAGUUGUGGAGGUUGGUGUACAUAGGCCGGUACCUGAUUUUACUGAUGGGACUUUUCUCGAUUUACACUGGGGCCAUUUACAAUGACUGCUUCAGCCGUGGAGCCACUGUGUUCCCCUCAGGCUGGCAUCUACAGGCCAUGAACUGGAGUGCUGAAACUCUGAAAACAAACCAAAUUUUGAGUUUGGAUCCGAACACAACAGGAGUCUUUCUGGGCCCAUACCCUCUGGGAAUUGACCCGAUUUGGCACCUUGCAAACAACCGCUUAUCAUUUCUAAACUCAUACAAGAUGAAGCUGUCUGUCAUUAUUGGAGUGUUACACAUGACUUUUGGAAUCUGCCUUUCCUAUUUCAACUACAGUUACAGGCGUCAGUGGAGUGAUAUGUUGCUGGUUCUACUCCCUGAGCUGGUCUUCAUGUUGGGGUUAUUUGGGUACCUCGUGUUUCUAAUCUUUUAUAAAUGGGUAUUUUUUGGACCACACCAGUCAGACCAAGCUCCCAGUCUCCUCCUGCAUUUCAUCAACAUGGUUCUAUUCACUAAGAACAAAGAGACUCAGCCUCUUUACCAUGGACAGUGGUGUGUUCAGUUGGUCCUCAUGGUCACGGUGCUGACUUCAGUCCCUGUUUUGUUGCUCGGGAAACCCCUUUACCUGCUCUACUAUCACAGAAAACAUCAACAGUCCAUGUCUGGGUCUGAAGCUGUUACCGACACCAGUUCGAUCAAUGCUCUGUUGGGGGAUGUUGAAGGAGGCAAUAGUGAACAGAAAGAGUUUGAUGCUGUGGAGGUCUUCAUGCACCAAACCCUUCACACACUGGAGUACUGUCUGGGCUGUGUAUCCAACAGUGCCUCCUACCUGCGGCUGUGGGCACUGAGUCUGGCCCAUGCACAGCUGUCAGACGUGCUGUGGAUGAUGGUGAUGCGGAUUAGCCUGUCCUCCAGAGGCAUGCUGGGAAGUGUAGUCCUGGCUGUGGUCUUCUCCUUCUUUGCUUUACUCACAGUUUCCAUUCUGCUGGUGAUGGAGGGGCUGUCUGCGUUUUUACAUGCUCUGCGACUGCACUGGGUGGAGUUUCAGAGUAAAUUCUACAGCGGCACUGGAUACAAGUUUAACCCAUUCUCCUUCAGCCACAUCACCAUACAAUCAUAA